AUUUUUUUCUCUCUCAAUAAUCAACUACAAAUCAUGAGGAAACUGAUAAUUGUCUUAUCAGUAUGUUUAAUAAAAGUUACGCUGGCUCAAGAAUUAUCCAUUUCAAAUAGACAGCUAAAUGAUAAUUUGCAUUGGAUAAAGCCUUGUGAUCAUCAAGAUCCAAAUAGAAACAAUUGCUUUAGAGAUCUUUUACAGAGUAUAGUAGCGAAAAUUAUUCGAGGUAUUCCGGAAGUUGAUAUACAGCCCUUUGAUCCUCUCGCACUUAAUGAGAUCAAAGUACAUAGAACGGCAGGACAAAUUAUAACGCUUGAAGGUGGAUUUGACAAUGUUAAGGUUUACGGAGCAUCAAAUGCUACAAUCCCACAAGCCUAUUUUAAUAUGCAAAAGAAAAUGUUAAAUUUCAAAAUGGAAAUUCCAAAACUUCGUCUAAGUUCAUCAUAUAGAUUGAAGGGAAAUAUAUUGUUAUUGCCUAUUGUCGGAAAUGGAAACGUUAAUAUACUUUUGAAAAACGUAAAGACGACUAUUUAUACAAAAUUUAGUGUGAAAAAUUUGCCAGAGGAAGCAAUAAAUUUGGAAGUUAUGCGAGUGGUAUUAGACAUUGAGAAGCUAAGAAUUCAUUUGGAUAAUUUGUUCAACGGCAACAAAGAACUGGAAGCAUCAUUUCUUAUGCUCCUCAACCAGAACUCUAAAGAAAUUUUUGCAGAACUAAAGACAGAUUUGCAAUAUGAGUUGGCAAAAAUCUUCAUUGAGAUAUGGAAUUCUGUGUUCAACAAGAUUCCUCUCAAGCACAUGCUGACAUGAUUGUUAAACAUUCAUAAAUGACGUCAAAAUAUAUCUGAAUCAAAUAAUUGACGUCAUGUCCCAAAAAGAUGUUUUUGUUAAAAUUUUAUUAUGUUUUUCAGUUGGCAUUCAUACUGAUAGAUUCUCAA